AUGGCGUUUGCUAAACCAGAGACCGUCACUGGCGGAUGCCUAUGUGAAAGUGUCCGUUUUCGAGUUGACUUCUCGCCCGAUCACGACUGGAGACGAGGGUCUCGCACUUGCCAAUGCACCCAGUGCCGAAAGAACUGCGGCAGUCUGGUGUACAAUUUCCACAUCGUCGCGGCAUCUGAGUUGACUUGGCUAUCCAAGUCAACAUAUGCGGAAUACAACUCAUCACCUGAGGGCCGGCGAGCGUUCUGUAAUAACUGCGGAUCGACUCUGGGUUGGACGGAUGGUAAACCUGACACUGAUGUCCAGCUCGCCGUGGGAACUUUUGACGAAGAGUUUCUCGUGGGUGGCCGAGAUGCCCAUGAUCGUCCGCUGGGAGCAUAUGGGGUGGCACUAGCAAAUCCUGACGGCGAUCAUCUUUACACUAGCAAUAUCAUUAAGGAUGUCACUGAAGGUGUAUCCUCGAAAGGAACGAAGUUUUGGAAAGGGAGUAUGGAGGGACCUAUGAAGGAAGCCACCGAUUAA